AUGGUCGAGUCCGGCAAUGAGUUCUUUGCCGACUACGAGCCUCACAACACCUCGGUCCUAUCAAUCCUAAGCAACCUGGAUUUCGGAAUCGACGAAGAUAUUAAAGAUGCGACCCUAACCUAUUUUGUUGUCGGCUUCCACGAUCACUUGGAGGAUGACCCUCUCUCCGUGGCGAAUACCGUUCAAAAGAAGAUUUCGAGUCACAUGCCACAGCAUGCUGAGAGGCGUGCCCUUUUAGCAGUCGAAUCUGGACAUCAAGGACAAAUCUCCGUCAGUCAGGCUUCGAAACUCGCCAAGGAGCACCAACCAGUUGCAGUCAGCACAAACACACUCAACGCCCUGCUUGCCUUUCUCCAAAUGCAGUAUGAAGGUGACGAGAGGGGCAGCACCCAGACUAAGCAGACGCUGACCAAGAUAGUUCAGUUAGUUCUCUCCAACAAUGAGAUCGACGCACAACAAAAGGCCAGCUACCAAGUUUCCACAAUGACUGGAUAA